UUUCGGUAGCCGUGAAACAUGGACGCCCUGGAUGGUGUUCCCAGGUGUGUACUGGGUUACCAAGUUAAAACCCGAACGCAGAUAGUGCUCAGUUUUCUCAUUCCGGUUGUCUCCGAGCUGCUGGUUUACACCGUCGUGAUGACGGCCGAUAUUUUACUGGUGAUAGAACAUUUUCACAAUGAAAACCCCUCGUGGGCAUGGUUCACAUUCGCUUUGCUCUGGCUGCCGGCUAUCGCCUGCUUCUCGGUUAUUCUGUCAUCGCUCAGUAACUGGCCGGAAACGGUGGGUUGUGACAAGCGAACGUGGCAAUUUAUUGGGAAGAAUUUGGCGAUUCUGCUACUGUUUCCCGUAGCGGCGAUUUAUAGGUUUAAUCGAAGAUUGUUCUGGAGUAUAGAAGCACUAUUUCACGACCGCAGUUCCUAUGGAAGGGUACAUGCUGUAAACAAAAUUAGAGAGACUUCACCAUACGAACUGUAUCACUUCCUGCAAGCGUUUCUACAAUCCGCUCCGCAGAUGCUUCUCCAGCUGUACAUUCUCUUGCGUGGUAACACCUUUCGGAAUUACGAAACUGUUACCGCGCAGGUUGUGAGCAUUAUUUUCUCCUUCCUCACAAUGAGCUCGAUAGUGACAUCCUACCAAAGAUUCGAAAGCCAAAAGGUGGUAGGCCGCUGCUAUCCAUGGAGUUCUGAAGAACAAGUGAAGGCGCGAAAACGUCAUUUUAUGAGAACAACAAGCACAGCCGAAAGCGUUCUAGUUCGGAACACUUCAAAUACCACUCCAAAAAGCGAUCCAAUGGUUCCGAACAUCAUGCGAAAUUUUUACUCCAAGUACGGAGACGAUACGGAGCCCUCGGGAUCGGGCAUUCAUCGCAAAACCAUGUAUGUAGACCAAUCAAACUACGACUCUUAUUCUUCCAAGAAACACAAGGAUCCCUACGAAAACUUUACAGAUGAUGAUAAGCUGACCGUUUCCGAUACUGUAGAUUCGUUAUCGCCGACGGUCAGUUUCAAACAGGAUCUGAUCGAUAACAUUGAUGAGAUCCGUGACUACGUUCGGCGCACGGAUGACGCAAAGAUUGAAGCUGCUCCCGCUGAAGCCAGCGAUGACGAAUACGAAGAUCCUGUUUUUGACGAAACUUUCGAUCAAAGUCCACGAACGCCAGCCCCUCCAACCCCGGCUGCCUACAUCAUGCACCGAGCAUCCGCACUGAAGGAUAUAUUCGUAUUCAACACUGAAAACUUCAUAAAAGAUCAUGUACCUCGACUUCCCAAGGGAUUAUUCGAGCACAAUGAGGAAAAAACUCCAGAUCAGGUGGAUGGUGAUACGAUUUCACUUCCUUCUCGGAGAAAGAUGAUUCAAGGACUUGAAGAUGAUGAUCUUAUUGGAAAAACGGUGUCAUUCGCCGGUUGGGUAACAUUCCUACUGAUGCGCAUGAUAGCACUGUCCGUGUUCUACGUGUUCUUCCCAACUUACUUUUGGAUGGUUUGCCUUAACCACUACCUGCUGAUGAUCGCGUGUAUCAUCUACGAAGUACGAUUUCACGAAAAGCUGGAACGAUAUUACUUCUAUCUAUUCCUGGCCUACAUCUACAUGUUUUCACUGUUGGAAUUCAAGAUCAAAUUCGUUCAUGUUCGAACCUGGUACAUCGGCUACUUCGUGAUUGUAUUCGCGGAAAAUAUCGCUAUGAGCGCUCUCUGGUACCAUCUGGGUACGUUCGAGUCUUGGUGGUUCCUCUUUUUGCAUUACCUCACCAUCGCCAGUGGUAUACUGAGCUUGCUGUGUUUGCUGUUCUACUACGCAUUUCUAAAACCCAAGGACAAACUACUUUUCGUAAACUGACGUGAUUCGAAUAUGAAUUAACUUAAUUUUAACUAGCUAGAUAGCGCGAAAUCGCUCGAAGCAGCGCAAAUUGCGAAAAUGUAACAUACGUAUUUCUCCUACCACCAUCGAAAGUGGCUUUCACAUUACACCAAAUGAUAGGAAAUAUAAAUUUAUGAUUAUGGAUUUUCACUAUCUAUUGCUGGCAAGAUUUAAUGGUUUCAAAACCCAUUUUCGUGAACAAUAAGCGGAUUGCUUUCCCUCUUCGACCCGUCCCCAUAAGAAAAAGAGCAUGUUCUGGAAAUUGUUUCAGCGAUAAAACCAUAACCACAGGAGCAAACAAGAAGAGCGGAAAAAAAAUCACCAGCAGGCAAACACAUUGCUGUAACUUUUCCAAUAACUAAUGGAUUAUUGUCAUAUAUUUAUUUUACACGCGACAACUCGUUCUUGGACUCGAAACUACGCCGCAGCAGGACCGACUGCAAGGCGCUUCACCGCAUUAAAGGCACCCACCCGAUGAUAAACGGAUUGAUGCCCAACGUGGGUGGUGAAGCAAACAAUCAUUAGAUACUGACGGACAUCCAGCGACGGUUUGCAUUCGAAAGUUCAAACUUGAAAAUGUUGAAAUUUGAGAUUGAAACAGUGAAAUCAAUAUUCCAGCCUGUCAGCAGAAAAUACAACCGAUACAAUUUGAAAUUGUUGUUUGUCAU